GCCCGCGCCUCGCGAGAAGGUAUUUGAUCAGUGACUCUCCGCUCAUCUCUUCCUGCUCUCUUCAAAUAUAUACAAAUACAUUUCCUGACACCCACAACUCUUUGGUAAGCAACAACCACAGGCCGAAAAUGCCUCCCAAGCAGAACAAGACUCCUGGAGCAGGUAGCAAACGUAAACGAGGCUCCAGAUCCAGCCCUUCCACUCCCUCAUCUAGUGCUAACACUCCUAACAAUGCUCAGGGUCGUCCUUCCAAUGUUAGCCGGGCUACGAGGGAGAAUAGAAUCGAUAACUUCCGACAGCGCCUCUAUCCGCAAGUCACUACUCGAAGAGUAAUUGAAGUCUUGCUCGAAACUAACAACGACGAUGCCGAGGCUGCGUACCAGCAGUACAUGGCUGCUAGAAGACAAAUUCUUGCCAAUCUAGGUCACCCUCAAACCGCCCAAGCCAACGCUAGCGACAACGAGGACGAGGAAGAAGGUGGUGAGCAAGGAGAAGAUGGAGAGACAACUGCAGGGCAGGUCCAGGCCCUGCCAGACGCAAUUGAACUCCUAACUGAGACAGAUAUUCCGUGGAACGCAAACACCGAACAAGAACGUCGAAAUGUAGCUUACACUCUCCGGGAACAUGUCCGAGAUUCAACCCUGUUCACCGACACACUUACUCGCACCGAAGCCGUCCUGUGGAAUCACCUCCAAGAGUACGAUAUUGCCACAGCUCAAGAAACCUUCCAAAGCGUCAACCACGUCAGACGCCAACUCGCAAGAAUCUUUGACAAAAUGAGAACGCCACUGCAACGUGAUGUCGUGCAUAUGAAGACACGAGGGACUGGAGGAAAAAAGGCUCAGGCUGACGCCAAUGAGGAGGAAGAAGAGACCGAGGAGGAACGAGCAGCAGCCGAGGAACUCAAGAGAGUCUCAAUGUCCCAGGACGAGAGACUCGCUGAAUUCAUCAACAUUACUGGCCGUCCAGACUGGUAUUCGCUGCUCCUUGUACUCCAAGCACACAACUGGAACCUUGUGAGGGCCGUUGAGCAAUGGUACAGAGACGGGGUACCACCUUAUACAGAUCGUCCAAAGCGCUAUCCAGGCCAAAAAGGUGGCAUUCAAAAGGAGGAGUAUGGGAUGAGACUUGAUUAUAUGACCGGAAAACCCAUGACCAAGCCCAGCCCUGAGGAUUGCAUACCAUCAAACUUGGAAGCCGAUGAUGACGACCAGUGGCGUGACGAAGACGACUUUUUUGAUCCUGAGGAAGAAGGAGACAGUGAGCUCGAGGAGACACCCCCUCCACCACCAACCUCGGAGAGCAAGAACAAUGAUGACCGUAAAAAGCCAGGUUUCACAAUCAACAGACUCACCAAGCUUCCGUACAAAGGAAUGCCGAAUCCACGAAGGUUUGUGUUCGAAUACAUUCAGAACGGCAAGUACGUUUCCAACAUCUUCGAGCCAGAGAAGUUUUACUUCCCAGAGCGAGGUGAAGACGAAAACCGCCCUCCCAAGACCAACAGGAGAAGCAGCAAGCCCCGGGACAAACCAGUGCUCUUCGACUGGAACAACGGCAAACACAUCACGUUCUUGACCAACUGGUAUCGUCAAAACCUGCAACGAACAGUCGGCACACUCCGACGAGCAGCCCAUCAGACCUGGUCCGAGGCCGAGCGCCAAUGGCUUCACGACCGCAUGACGGAACUCUUCCAGAAACACAAAGCGAAGAACCCCAACAAGUCUGACGACGAGAUCCUUGAGCACAUGCACGUCGACACGGCGACCAAAAAUGCAUGGGAGAAAGCUUACAACGAGGAAUUCGUGGGUACCAAGCAAUCCGGCGGGAUUCGCAAGCCACGUAACGCGGCCGCCCUGAUGACCAUGCGCUCGCGCGAUGCGCGUAUCUGCGAGGACUUCCUGGUCAAACCUGAUGACACGUACUUCACCAGACGCAAGCACAAUAGAGUCAACGAACACAUGUCCCAUCACGAAGUUGGGCCCGAUCCGUACGGACAAUACGACUUCACUGACUUCGCAGACCUUGAUCUGGAAGGUUACAUGAGGACAUCCACGUUGAUCGAGCAGGUUGACUACGAGUUGUAUUUCACUGUCGAUCUCAACGAGCGAACAUUCUGGUUCUGGGGUCGUGUCCUUGCUGCCAUCACGGAGUUGUACAUGACUCGUAUGACUGUCCAGGACCAGGCCGUUGCCAUGGAGCUUUUGAACUGGGUUGGCUUGCCUGAGAUUGAUGUCAUGACCAUGUCUGAGGAUGAGGUCUUGGAAGCAAUCCGAGACAUUCGCGACGCGGCACCACUGGAAAUAGAGCGCAAUGAUGUUGAGAUGGAAGACGAAGAUGCAGAGAGUGACAGCAAUGAGGGAACUCCCCGUGACGUCCCCGAUGGAGCGUCGCCGUCUCAUGGUGACGCCGACGAGCCGCCGGCGAAGAGACAACGACUUGAGUAAUUGAGGGGAAGUAUAUUGUUCUGCAAAGAAUCUGUUGUGUCGAAAGGUGUCUUUAUUACGAGCUGGACUCGCGGAGGAACCUUUUGGUAUGAAUUGCUUCUGGGUAUCUGGAUGGUUGACUAUGUUACGUUUUUCCUUGAAUAGGUUGACAU